AUGCAACAUAUUCCUCUACAUUUUGGAGGUGUGCUGUGGGAGUUAUCCAGCUAUCCCUGUGGUCCCAUAUACAAAAGCAGACACAGCCUAGCGACUCUGCCGUUUUAUAAUUUCCUGCUAUGGGUCCUACUCGGGGUUUUGACAUUCCCAUGCUGUGUCCAGUGCUUGAUAUUCAAAGUAGGAGUCCUCGGGCCUUGGAACUGCGACCCCGUCUUUUCCAAGGCCUUGCCCGCUGUUGCUGCCAAACUUGCAGUGGGCAGGAUAAACGAGGACUUCAGCUUAGAUUUGGGUUGCAAAUUGGACUUUGUGAUCCUGCAAGAGCCGUGCGAAACUUCAAAAGCGUUGACAACAUUUGUUUACUAUGAGAAAACGGUUGAUGCAUUCGUGGGACCCACAAACCCCGGCUACUGUGACGCAGCAUCGCUUUUGUGCAAAAACUGGGAUAAAGGAUUAUUUUCUUGGGCUUGUAUUAACUAUGAGUUGGACCGGAUGAAGGGCUACCCUACAUUCAGCAGGACUUUACCUUCUCCCACCCGUGUGCUGUUCACCGUGUUAAAGUAUUUCAGCUGGGCUAACAUUGGCAUUGUCUCAUCCAAUGAGGAUAUAUGGAUGGACACAGCUAGUAAAGUUGCCAACGCUCUUAGGAAUCGGGGACUACCUGUUGGCAUAGUGACUUCAAUGGGAAUAAAUGAAACGGAAAUUGAGAACACACUGGGGAGUAUUCAGGCGGCAGGGGACAUCAAAGUCAUCAUCAUGUGCAUGCACUCCGCUCUGAAUGGUGGCGAACAGCAGGUUAACUUCUUGUUGAAGGCCAACAAAAUGGGACUGACCAGGGGUCGCUACGUAUUUGUGCCCUACGAUACUCUUCUCUACAGCCUCCCCUACAACAACAUCUCCUACUUUCCACUCGUAAACAACAGCAAACUGCAGGAGGCCUACGAUGCUGUCCUUACCAUCACCGUGGCGUCGGACACUAUGUCCUUCAACGAGGCGUUUAACAUGGCCAAGAGGACUGAGGAACUCACAAUUUAUGUUGAGCCUGAGCAGGUCAACCCCCUGUUUGGGACCAUAUACAAUGGAAUUUACCUGCUGGCCAAAGCCAUCCACAAUGCCAGGAGAGCUGGCCAGUGGCUCUCAGGAACCAACCUGGCCUACUUCACCCGAAACAUGACCUACAACGGCUUCAACCAGAAGAUCAUCAUAGAUACUGAGGGUGAAGGCCAGACCAACUACGUCAUCCUGGACUCAAAUGGGUGGGGCGGUAGGCUGUAUCGCACCUACCUGGUCGACCUGAGCACAGAUAUGGUCCGGUUUGCGGGCAAGUCCAUUCACUUCCCAGGGGGUUCCCCUCCUGCCUCCGACUCCAGCUGUUGGUUCACCCCAGAUGCCAUCUGCAGUGGAGGAGUGGAUGUCACCUACGUCAUAGUGGUGUUUGCAAUCAUAGCUUUUCUGGCUGUUGGUGCACUUGGAGUGAGUCUGAUUGUAAGGAGGAGGAUUGAGCAGAUCCAGUUGGUCAAAGGACCCAAUAGGAUCCUUCUGACAUUGGAGGAUCUCACAUUCAUAAAUCCUCAACUUAGCAAGAGGAAAAUAACCUUGGAAGAUCUUAGUGAAUCGAAGAGUGCUAUGGACGAAAAGAGCACAAGGUCUAUAGACCCAUCCCACUCCGUUAACAGCUUGCAAACAGAAACUCACGAGUCCACCAAUGUGGCCAUCUACGAAGGAGACUGGGUGUGGCUGAAGAAGUUUGAUCAGGGGCAUUUCAAAGAGGUCAAGCAAAGCACCACAAAGAUCUUCUCAAAGAUGAAGGACCUGCGGAAUGAAAACGUAAACCUAUUCCUGGGCUUCUUCUCCGAUGGUGAUAUUUUUGCUGUGGUGACGGAGCACUGUUCCCGAGGCAGUCUGCAGGACCUGCUGAAGAACGAUGAUGUCAAGCUCGACUGGAUGUUCAAGUCUUCGCUGUUGCUGGACCUGAUUAAGGGUAUGAAGUACCUGCAUCACAGAGAAUUCCCUCAUGGUCGACUGAAGUCUCGUAACUGUGUAGUAGAUGGGCGUUUUGUCCUGAAGAUCACAGACUAUGGCUUCAACGAGCUGCUAGAAUCCCAGAAAGCCCCCCAAAUUAUAUCCCCACCUGAAGAGAUGUUUUGGACAGCUCCAGAGUUCCUCCGGGACCCAGAGAACGCUAGAAAGGGGACUUAUAAAGGAGACGUGUACAGCUUCGCCAUCAUACUCCAGGAGGUGGUGGUGAGAGGAUCCCCAUACUGCAUGCUGGGAUUGACUCCUGAGGAGAUCAUUAGGAAGGUGAAAAAGCCCCCUCCGAUGUGCAGGCCCACGGUGGCCCCAGACCAGGCCCCGCUGGAGUGCAUCCAGCUGAUGAAGCAGUGCUGGGGGGAGCAGCCUGACCGCAGACCAGCCUUCGACGAGAUCUUUGACCAGUUCAAACUGAUCAACAAGGGGAAGAAGACCAACAUCAUUGACUCUAUGCUGCGCAUGCUAGAGCAGUACUCCUCUAACCUGGAGGACCUGAUCAGGGAGAGGACCGAGGAGCUGGAGGUGGAGAAGCAGAGGACUGAGAAGCUGCUGUCUGAGAUGCUCCCUCCUUCUGUGGCAGAGGCGUUGAAGACAGGAGCCACGGUGGAGCCCGAGUACUUCGACCAGGUCACCAUCUACUUCAGCGACAUUGUGGGCUUCACCACCAUCUCAUCCCUCAGCGACCCCAUCGAGGUGGUGGACCUGCUCAAUGACCUCUACACGCUGUUCGACGCUGUGCUUAGCAACCAUGAUGUCUACAAGGUGGAGACCAUUGGAGAUGCCUACAUGGUGGCAUCAGGUCUGCCAAAGAGGAAUGGCAACAAGCAUGCAGCGGAGAUAGCCAACAUGUCCCUGAAUAUCCUCAGCUCUGUGGGCACCUUUCAGAUGCGACACAUGCCCAAUGUACCCGUCAGGAUACGCAUAGGGAUACACUCAGGGUCAUGCGUUGCCGGGGUGGUUGGUCUCACCAUGCCUCGCUAUUGCCUUUUUGGAGACACAGUCAACACCGCCUCUCGAAUGGAAUCCACUGGGCUGCCUUAUAGAAUCCAUGUGAACAUGACCACUGUGAAGAUCCUUCACUCCCUGAAUGAGGGAUACAAGAUAGAUGUCAGGGGCAAGACAGAACUGAAGGGUAAAGGCAUUGAGGAGACGUACUGGCUAGUUGGGAAAUCAAACUUCACAAAGCCUUUGCCAAAGCCUCCAGAAAUCAAACCAGGGGACAACUGGCAAGCGAUGGUGACAGAAGAGAUCAAGUCCAUAUUUCGAAAGGCCAACAGGGAAGUGGACAAGCCUAAAAUCUGAGUGGAAGAAGAAGAGUCUGAGAGUGAAAGAUAGAUAGAGAAGAGAGGGAGUCAAAUUAAAAAGAAGAAGAGGACACAUCGUUAGGCAGAAGGAGGGAUGAGGGCCGACUGACAGGAAGGAAGAACAGAGGGCAUGGGCCAGUCUGCUCACCUCAG